AUGCGUUCCGAUGCCCUUUUGGCAGCUAAGCGGGUUACUGCGUGUCGCCCGUUAUGGUUGCGCACCGCUGCUGAGGCGGCCGAAGGGUACAAGUAUUGUCCUGUAAGCAGUGAUGGGAUAACCGCUAACCACGUUCCAAGCUUUUUCCCCCCUCUUAAACAGAAACUUGUUGCAAACGCGAAGAAAUGCUUAAGUAUUGACCAGAUCAAGCAUGAAGCAACCAUCGCUGCUUUCACUGAUGGAGCAGAAUCCAUGUCAAUAGCCCGUCAGGCAAUUCUUACUGAUCUCGGUAUGGCAGGAUUGGACAAUAAUCCUUUUCUUAAGCAUGAGGCUAGUGCCGAUGGUCUCGAACCUAAUUCAACAAACAAAAGACUCUGUACCCCUUCGCCGUUUUUACGAUCUUCGUUGCCCAGUGCAGAAAUUCUCUUAUCUGAUAGUGAUGAUGAACCCAACUCAAAUGGGGGAUCUUUGCCGCAGAAAGAAUUCAGAUGGGUCGUAAUGGACAUUGACAUUUCUGAUAAAUGGCACCUAUUCAAGGAGACGUCCUUGAAAUUGGCCAAGGAGGAAG